GAAUUUCUAAGGUGUAGGGUGUUGUUUUGCGUUUCGCUGUUUUGCUUAAAAAGGGAAAUAAUGAAUGGAAUACGAAAUUAAAAAAAUAUAUAUAUUACAACAUAAAUUUGCAUUGUAAAAAAUCUAUUUAUAUACACCAACAAAAUGUCUGCUGAAUUGUCGGGGUUUAAACGAUUUCUACACUGGGGUCCAAUAACAGCUCUGAGCAUUAUAAAAUGCAUUACGCUGACAACUCUAUACAUGAACUCAAUGUGGUGGCCACCGAAUAUUUCAUUGGGCGCAUUCGUAAAUCAAGCCAUAUUCUUAAUGCUUUCAUCGUUGGCCACCUUUAACUAUGUGAUGGCCACAAUAACCGGGCCAGGUUUAUUGCCACUAAAAUGGCAGCCACAGGAUCCUAGCGUUACGGAUCAAUUGCAAUAUUGUAAAGUGUGUGAAGGCUAUAAAGCUCCCAGAUCUCAUCAUUGUAGAAAAUGUAACCGUUGUAUUAAAAAAAUGGAUCAUCAUUGCCCGUGGAUCAACCAUUGCGUUGGUUGGGCAAAUCAUGCCUAUUUUACUUAUUUCCUUUUGUUCUCCAUCGUGGGCAGUUUACAUGGUGCUGUCAUAUUGUCAUGUGCCUUUUAUCGUGGCAUCCAUCGUUAUUGGUAUCUCUCGCGGGGUUUGGUCCAUCUGGCCACAGUUCAAUUUACUGUCUACAGCAUAAUCAUGUGCAUAUUUGCAAUGGGCUUAGCCAUUGGUGUGGUCAUAGCAUUGGGUAUGCUAUUAUAUUUUCAGAUGAAAUCAAUUUUGAAAAACCAAACUGGCAUUGAAAUGUGGAUCAUUGAAAAAGCCAUGUACAGGCGUAUGCAUUAUCCAGAUCUCGACGAGUUUGUGUAUCCCUAUGAUUUGGGCUACAAAGAAAAUCUAAGGCAAGUUUUCAAGAAUGAAUGCGUUGCCAAAGGUGUGGGUGUGGAAUGGAAAGUUAUUGAAGGAUGUGAUCAAUACACAUUGACACGCGAACAGAUUGCCCAAAAAUGUGAGAAGCGUGCCCGAACCAGAACCUAUAAAUGUAUACGGAAAGCUACCGGAAGUUUUUUGCCACUUUUCUCCCAAGGAUUCCGUGUAUGCCUGUCACCACCCUGUACGGACGAACCACGUUUACGCCUGGAGCCAGAGGAUAUUAUAAAAGUGACACGAUUCCGAAAACAUUGGCUUUUUGGUGAACGUGUCGUGGACGCUACAGAAUUGCAAAAAGAAGGCGGCGAGGCUAUAAAAAAGAAACCCUUGCGUGGCUGGUUUCCACGACGUUGUGCCAUUGAAUUAAUACAACCAAGUCAACCCAUUACAUCGGAAGAAGAGGACUGCAAUGAGCCGGAAAGGUCCAACAAUGGAAAAUUGGAUAAAUCAAAGAAAAUUGCAAAUGGCAAUGUUUCUCGCCGGAAAGCGACUCACCAACAAAAUGGUCAUAAGAAAAGUAAUUGACAAAAAUGAAUUACAGAAGUAAAUUACCUAAUACACACAUGACAGACUUAGAAAACCCCGCCCUUGCAAAAAGUAUGGGGUUUGUCUUUUUAAUGUAAAAAAAAACAACCUAUAUAGUGUUUAUGUGAAUAUUUUAUAAGCAGUUUUUAUUUAAAUAUAUAUAUUUUUUUCUCUUUUGGAGAAAUCAAAAAAGGAUGCUGAUAUAUUCUGGUAAAUUAAA